AUGUCGGAGGCGGAAGCUAGUAAGGAUGAUGGUCCGGAGAUGGAGAAGCCCCUGGAAAAGGGCGGCGAGAACGAUUGCUCCAAUGGGCCAGUGAAAAACCGAGGAUGCACGGAUAUCUUCUGCACAGCACUGUUCGCGGUGCAUUGGGUACUUAUACGCAUUUUGAAAUUUUUGGGUUAUUUCUGAGUCGUGCAUUGGGUACUUAUACACAUUCUCAGAUGUUGGGCUGUCUUUGAAGUAGGAAGAUUACUACUACACUGUGACACAGACUACACUGUGAAACUUGGUAUUAAGGAACCGGAUGGAAGAAGUUUUGUAGGACGUUUCUGUUGUGUCUGUGUGAACAACACCUACUAGUUUAGAUUCCAAGGUUUCCUCCACCUCCAUCCUGACUACAUCGCCCUCGUCAGGUCGUGUUCAUCAUUAUCAUGGGUAUCUGUAUGGGAGGCGAUGGAGACCCAGUUCGAUUGACGGCGAUGCGAGAUUGGAAGGGUGGCUUUUGCGGUUCAAAGGGAAACUUCAACCCUUGGAAUGCGGAUGAGAAAUAUGGCCUUCCAACAUCUCCACAAUUUUAUACCAAAUCUCCAGCAUUCUUCAUUGUAGUAUAAUUUAUUUAAUAAACGUUAUUUGAUAAAUGUUUAUUUACUGAUCUUAGAAAGUCCUAGGUUCAUCUUAUUAAUAAACGUUUAUUUUUUAUUUUCGUAAUAAUAUUACGUCUCAUCUAAUCGAUUGGUCCGGGAUGGGACCUCACUGGGAAAGAACAGCAAUUCUACGCGAUGAAUGUCCAAGCGAUGUUUCAGUUUCUUGGUGUGGGCGGAAAGAUUUGCAGUCCUACAAUCAAAGCCGCAUAUGAUGCUGCGAGUACUAUGAGAUUUGUUUAGGUUUUUUUCUUGGAGCAAGAAUUCCGUUAGACAGGACGGGCACAGAGGUAUCAUGACAUGACAUACGACGAUUCUGGCCUCGAAGAAGUUGAUAUUACUUGUAUCCAAUAUUUGAUGACAUAUCACCAGUCAAAUUACCAGCAGCACAUGUUCCAUUUAUGAUUGCGAUUCUCUUCUAGCUCCUCUGCAAUAUUAUCUAUGCCAGAAGAAGUAGAAACGUCGAAAUCCAACCCUAAAUCUUUCAUGACCCACAGAUGAUUGAUCGAACCCACAGAUGAAUGUAAAUCUUUCUGCAGAUAGCCCACCUGCCACUGAGAAUGCAGCCGCUCUGUGUGCUGGUGUAGGCAACGAUGAUCCUACAGCUAAGAUGCAGAAACUCGCGAGCGGUGACGUGUCCAUGCUCAUGGAGGGAGAUCCUAGCAUGCUGUCGCAGAUGUCCACAUUUUUCACGCCAUCCUGCGUUACUUCCUGUACAGACGUCUCGAAUUUCGCCAUAGGCGCCAAAGCAACGGCAGGAACAAACCAGACAAUGGCAUCAGCGAGGACAUACAACUAUUACCCACCACCGAAUGUUGGAUGGUACUUCUACUGCUUUAUACACCUAUUACCAGGCACGACCGAAUAUUGGAUGGUAUUGAAUGUGUUUCUAGGAAAUACUAAGUGUUUCUAGAAAAUGUGCGUUUCGAAAAAAUUCGUGUCUGUCGAUACUAUGUUGAUGUACGUAUGUUUUCUAUGUUGUACGGGCAGAGUAUGUAAAAACUUUUCCAUCCAUGUGUGGUCACAUACAAGAUCAUCUUCUUCUUCCAUUAUCAUGCCAGGUACAAGAUCAUGCACUGGCUGUAUACUACUGGAGGUUCCACUCUAGACGCUAUCCCGGGUCUCCGAGACAUGCUCUCUUUUCAAGCUCUUCCAGCCUCUAUUUGUCCAGAUGUUAAGGCUUAGCCUAUGUAUAACUCUUACUUCUGUUAUAAUUCAAUUCAUUGUAGUUAUACUUCGUCAACGUUGUCUCUCGUGUCUUCUUCACUUCUGAGGGGAAUGGCAUCGCAUAUUCCUCUAGGUGCUGGUACGUAUGCUAGCCAGUGUUUUACUAGACUUCAUGAAAUGAAAUCAAAUAGUUGCAAUGUCUUCGAUAUGAUUUCUCGCUGUGUAUAGUUGAUGCUAAAAAGCUCUAAUGAAACUCCUCAGUACUGCAUCCCCUUCCCGGGUCUGAAGCAGAUGGCUGUCGCUGACUUGUGCGUUUUCGAUUUUGGAACUAGCGGACUCAGCGCGGCUGCUGGUGCAGCUGCGGAUGCUUUGUCUAUUAUGGCGAUGGAUGACGUGAUACAGUACUAUCCGGGAUAGUAGUGUACUAGUAGUAGUUGGUGUCUAGAUUGUUGUCCACGAGUAAGUACUAAACAAGAAGUACUUUUGUGCGAGGUGCUCCAAGUAGUUGAUGAUCCUGAUCCCCUAAAUCCCAUACGAUAGGUGGAAGGUACUAGCACACCUGUGGUCUCUAAUUUUCAAAGCGCAGGAGCUAUCGCUCCAGAUUUCGGUUCCAUGAUGGGUGAUAUUCAAAUCGCAGCUUGGUCCUUCGUGAUUGUCGGGAUCCUCUCCCUUGUGAUCUUAUGGAGGACUUGGAGAUGUACCCGACACGCCGCAUGGACUUUUUUCUAGUUGAAAUGGGAAAAGGGUCGAAAGGCACUCUCACGUACUUCUAGGUCAGGAAACGGGAAAAGGGUCGAAAGGCACUCUCACGUACUUCUAGGUCAGGAAACGGGAAAAGGGUCGAAAGGCACUCUCACGUACUUCUAGGUCAGGAAACGGGAAAAGGGUCGAAAGGCACUCUCACAUACUUCUAGUUCAGGAUGAUGAAAAACUACCACUACUACGCCCCUCGUCUAAGUACUGGCUUCGUGUUUAUGAUUUUGUUGCGAUUCUUCGUCGGCUACAUUGUGUGGAGUGCAAUUCUUUCUGUUCUGGUGCUCUUGUGUGCGGGUGGCGGUUACUUCUAUGCCCAAACCAUUUGUGAGGAGAAGACUUUGACGGCGCCAGUAACAAACUCGACCACGGGACUUGCCACUGUUACGGCUACUUACCAUAUGUAAGUAGAUACUUCCAGACUUCUGGAGCCCUGGCCGCUGCCUGUCGCAAGCCAGAAGUCUCUUAAUCUUAAUCUUGCCUGCUAUUGAGCAAGUGUAUUAAGUAUUUGGGGAAAUUAGACGAGAUGUUGCCGUAGUCGACUGUAGAAUGGUUUCUCCAUCAUCGAAUAAACCUGAACUUCUUCUUCAAAUAGACGAUGGAAAAAAACGCUAAGAACCAAGAUGCCAGAAUAUUAGAUCCUUCAAGUUCAAAUAAUCCCUGUAUUUGAUCUUAAUAAACAUAAAAAACCGACCGGCGCUAAUAAGAGAGCAGUGACUACAUCGACGGUGGAGGAUUGCGAGGAACCAGAUGAGAGCGUCCGAGACCAGAACAAGGUGUACGCUUACAUCUUCUUGAUCUUAAGGCUUCCUCUAAUGAUCUCCCAUUUUGAGAGAAGUCAUCCUAGGAGAGACGUUUUGUCUCAAGGGGUGGCAACGGUCGCAGGGUUGUAUUUCAACGGGUGGAAACGUGUCUCAGGAGGAUGGACUUUGCGAUGCAUCAGGGAGAGCUCUAAUCAUCCUUGCCGGAAUCUACGCGUUCUUUUUAAGGCUACCGCUAACGCAUCCUCAACUCCAUCCUUGGCUCCUUUUUCAAGGAAAAAAGGGUCAGGGAUGGGCUCAAGGAUGCGACGUGGUAGCUCUAAUCUUCAUCUGCUGCAUGUUUACCCGAAUCAAACUGGGAAUCGCUGUCAACAAAGUCGCCGCCAAGUUCGUCUAUCAAACGAAGGGAAUCAUCCUGUUGCCACCGAUACAAGCUGUGUACUGCUUCUUUCUAUUAGAUGUUGACAGGUUAGUUGUGAUGCUGCAUGAAGAGGAAAAUCUUUUGGAAAACUUUGUCACAGAUCACAACACUGUUCUACAUUAGUAGUUGCAACUUGUUGCUCAGCAUCCUUCACAACAACAUCACAAUUACACUACCUCAACAACCACACAAAACUAAACAGUACCACAGACAUUCCUUUCAUAAACUAACCUAUAAAGUGUCGCACUCCUCUGGGCUUUGUGGUGGUUAGUUGUUGCGAUGUACGUUCUUAGUCGCAUAGACAACACGGAUACAAGCAAGUCCGGACCGUAUGAUUACAUUGGAGCUAAUGGCACCAACGACUGCAAGUACUGGGAUCUGGGCUGCACGGAUACACCAGGUGCUUGCAACGAUAGCUGGCCCACAGGUACUUCAUUUAUUCAGUUUGUUUAUUUGUUGAUUGUGUUGUUGGGGCGUGUUUGAUUGGUGCUUGUAUUAGAACCCUAAAAGUCAUAACGAUAACCUCAGAUUUUGAUUUAGAUGAUAACUAAGGUAUUUCACUGAAGAGCUACCUCAGGUGAUUCAUUCUUUGACGAGUCUAUUGCCUAUGACAUCACGGAUUGGAACACGGGAGCCCGGUCGGAUAUCAAAAACGGCGCCACCUGUGUGCCAGGUGGAGCUCAGAAAUGCUACCGAUGUUCCAUGCCGCGUUACUCUUAAGGCGACUUUAAGUUGGUGUGAGCUGUAGCAAGAAAUUUGUUGUGGGUAGUAUGACUUUCCUUCGGUUAUGUAGAAGGUACUUGAAGAGGGAUGAGGGGCGAAUCCCCUUCCCGUCUCCCUCUUUCCUCCCUCCUCACUCUCUUCCCUCUGUCUCUAAUCUCCCUUCGACACGACAUUUGCCUACGUCUUCUUCUCACUGUUAUGGAACAACGCACUGAUUGUCGCCAUCGGUCAGUGCACUAUCGCUGGUGCCGUGGCUGCUUGGUACUUCACACCCAACGAUCAGAAGGGCUAUAACGCUGCUAUCAUGCCAGCUGUCUACAACUGCUUCCGAUUUCACUUCGGUACUUGUUAUUUGUUAUCGUUUUCUUCUGUUUGUUUGCUCUUACUAAUUUUGCUAGUUUUGAUACCACAUGAGGCUUUUCGGAAGCAGACUUCUUGUUGUCCAUUGAUCAGUAUUUCGACGAUAUGAUAGCGUUGUCCACAAUAGAUAUCAAAGAUCAUACUAUAGCUUACCGUUACUUCUUCAACAGGUUCUCUUGCCUUCGGUGCGUUCAUCCUUGCAGUCGUUCAGUUCAUCAAGUACGCUCUUGAGUACGUCAAGCGAAACGCACAAGCCCAGAAAAACUACAUCUUGCAGAAGAUCGCAGCUCUGCUCCAGUGCAUCGUUCGGUGCUUUGAGCGAUUUGUGAAGUUCCUCAACAAGAACGCCUACAUCCAGAUUGCUAUUCUCGGAAAGAACUUCUGUCGGUCAGCUUGGGCCGCUUUUUGCUUGAUCCUCCGAAACGCUGCCCGUCUAGGUGUCCUCGCGAUGAUCGGAACGCUCGUCCGCGCUAUUGGUAUCAUGUUCAUCGUUGCGACGACGACAAUUUAUGAACUCAGUUGCUUGAUGAGUACUGCUAAAAUAUUAUUGAUAUUUUCUCUGUCCUUUAAAAUCUUAAUUAAUAGUAAUCCUUGUGUCCUAUAAUUCUAACAGCUGAAGGUGAAGGUGGUCAAUCUGUGAGUUAUCUAAAUACAGGUAUGGGUUCUUUCGCCUAAUAGACGAUGUAACUGAUCAUGUAAGGGUCUGAAAUCAUCAGUUAUAGGAACCCUGAAUCAACCCUUUCCCAUCCACCAUCCCAUUCUGCCUCCCCUCUCUUCCCUCCCUUUCAUACCACCAUCGGAUAUUUUAUCCUCAUCGCCAUGUACGAGGAGGAUAUCAGCUCUCCGGUUCUCUGCAUCUUGCUCUUCUUUAUGAUGGGAUACGUGAUUGGACAACUCUUUAUGGACGUUUUCGGGUUGGCCGUGGACACAACACUCCAGUGCUUCGUGGCCGAUGAGGAAUUUUAUGGCAACUUUUUUUUCGCAUUUUUGUAAUUGCGAAUGUGGAUAGAACGUGACUUAGAGACUCUCAUGCUAAAUAAACUACGCAGGCAAAAAAUGUUUUGAAUCUGUCGAGGUCGACAAGAACAGCCAACUACGUAAUGAUUAGUAUUAGUAACUCUACUAGUACUAUUCGAUGACCACGAUGAGGAUUCGAUAUUGAUCUUUUAUGUCUCCGUCUUUCCCCCUCUAACGGCCGCACGCUGGCGGAGAAGCUGGUGGCGCGCAGUACACUCCGGAAGAGCUGAAGGGCUUCCUGAAGGAUCCCAACAGCGGCUCCAAGCUGUGCUGCUGCAAGUAGAUAUGAAUCUAGUGAUGUGGACGAAUUAGUGGGGAUCAUAGGGAUAAGAGGAACUUCUACCAUGGAAGAAUUGGUAGGGGAAGAAGAAGUUCCAUAAUGCGGUACGUAGAGGAAGAAGAUUCUCAGCAAUCCUGGUACUAGAGGAAGAACACUCAUCUCAGCAGCAGUUUAUGUAGCUGUGGUGAAGUUUCUUGUGAAAUUAAGUGAUGAGCAAGUAGGUAGUUGAUAACUUUGGAAAAGCCCGUGGACUGUUCUGCGUAGAACUACAGAUUUAUAACUAGAUGAAUCGUGGAUCUCACUUAGAGGAUUUAGAUUGAAAUAUGCUUAUAGUUCUAACUUUCAUUCUCAUUUCUCACAAAUGCAAUCGCGGUUAGUACUUACUUAUUCUCGUGUUUACUAAAGCAAAAGGCUAAUUACUAUUCGGAAAUUUCUGAUGUCUGUCAGCAAUGAUCUGAGGUCUUAUUUGAACUACAGUUACAGUAGACAUAAACAUACAGAGGCAUGGAGAUGGAAGUUCAUACCUCGAAUACCGAAGAAAAGAACUGGCGAGUCAGCUCGUUUCCGUCUAAAAAUUACACAUGAUUGUCGUCGUGCUAUCCUAUCAACAUGGCAAUCAAAUGUGGUGAACAGUGAUACACAGGGAGGAAGAACUCUUACAAAUAAUAAGUAGACGAAUUAGGGAAGACAGCAGAUACUUUGUUAGUACUACUCCAACAGACAUGAAGAAGCACAUGCUGUGCUGGCGGGUGGCGAGGCUAUUUUGUCCUCUACUAAAGAGGUUUGUCUUGCUCCGUCGCCGAGGAAAAGUACUCAGACGUAAAAAUGGGGUGCUUAGAUUUGCACGGUCUCAGACUUAUUUGCACUGUUAUUUUGAAACAGAAACACACCAGAACUAUGGCUAACAGAUUCCGCAGACCUUGUACAUAACAA